AUGAAGAAGGCUAUAGAAGAUACAUGGCCCGAGAGUAGACAUAGGCUAUGCAUGUGGCACAUCAUGGACAAGCUUUCUGCUAAGGUUGGUGCUUCAGUCUGCAAUAAUACAGAUUUCAAAAAGAGGCUGUGUGCCAUUGUGUGGACCGAUUCAAUUAUACCAGAUAAGUUUGAAAGUGAGUGGGCUACCAUAAUGAACGAUUUUAACUUGGUUGAUCAUGAGUGGCUGCAGUCAAUUUACCAAAUCAGGGAUACUUGGAUACCAGCUUAUUAUCGUGAGGAGGUCAUGUCCGGGCUUAUGCGUACCUCUUCUCGUUCCGAGAGCGAGAACCAUUUCUUUGGACAGUUCUGUAACCGGGGUUGCACACUUGUCGAAUUUCUCGGGCAUUUUGAUUCUGCUAUUGAAGCUCAGAGACAUGAGCACAGGAAGAAUGACCAUGACACCAGAAAUACCAACGCUGAAAUAUUUGAUGAAGAAUUUGUUUUGGAGGAUCAAGCGUCCAGGAUAUUCACACGCACUAUAUUUUUUGACCAGCAGUUGGAGAUACAACACGGUACACACAGAUGUGCUAUCGGAAAGUGGGAAGACGUUGGUGAUUUCGUUAACUUUUUUGUGAAGGACUGGGAACAACCAUGCACUACUUUCUUCGAGGUUAUGAUGCGGGAGGCCGACAUGACUGUGUAUUGUACAUGCAAAAGAUUUGAACAGUUUGGGUUGUUGUGCUCACACAUCUUUUGUGUGCUAAGGAUGCUUGACAUUAGGGAGUUUCCACAACGCUAUAUAUUACGACGUUGGACUCGGGAGGCUGUUCCAAAUAGUACCCCUGGUGCUAUUCUAGGUAUCAAUGAGACUGAGGAUCGUUAUAAUGAAGUUAACCGUGUUGUACGUGAGAUCACAUAUUCUACAGAGUCGGUUAUUAAUCAGCUUGUCACCAACUUUGAUGCGCUAUGCUCGUUCAGGGAUCAUGUUGUUAAUUAUUUCAAAACUGCUGAUGAGUUUGUCGUCAACGCUCCACCUAAGAGCCGUCGUGAUAGGUUUGCAGAAAUUACUGGUAACACAAAACCAUCAGAAGCAACCGUUCGUGUUCCCAUUGGAACAAGAUUCAAAGGUAUGGGUAAGCCUAAACGGAUGAAGUCCAAACGUGAAAUUGCAGUAAGUCAGUUGGGUAAAAAGAGCCGUCAAUGUCAAAACUGUUUUAGAUACGGUCAUAAUAGACGUACUUGCAAAAACCCUACCCGGACUAAAGAACAAGCUAUGGCCGAGGAUGACGGUGAAGGAGCUGAUGAAGGUGACGAGGAGGAAGAUGAAUGGGAGGAAGUUGAAGAAGAUAUGGAUGAACAAGAUGAGGAUGCAUUAGACGGGGAGGAUGGGGAAGAGGAGUAG